UGCCGACUAAGAUCACUAGAGACUCUCUCUCCGUCUAUUUUAUCUGUAUCCCAUUUGGUUUUGUGUGUGUGAAAUGAAACGAGAGAUCACCACUAUUUAUUUUAGGAUCAAUUUUCGAUACAAAAUGCAAAAAAAUUGAAAAGAAAGAAAGCCAAUUUAGAAAGAAAAAAAAAAUCGAGCGAUUGGGAGGGAAAGCCAUUGAAACAACAUUUAAGAAACCCAACCAAAAAAAGCUCCGAUAAAAUUUUCAAGGAGGAAGAAGAAGAAUGGCCGUUAAUGGUGACAAGGUUUCAGGUGAAGAAUCAGCUUCAGAUCGUCCGGUUAGAGUCUACGCCGAUGGGAUCUUCGAUUUGUUCCACUUCGGCCACGCUCGCGCCAUCGAACAAGCCAAGAAAUCGUUUCCGAACACGUAUCUGCUCGUAGGAUGUUGCAACGACGAAAUCACCAACAAAUUCAAAGGGAAGACGGUGAUGACAGAGUCCGAGCGCUAUGAAUCUCUCCGACAUUGCAAGUGGGUCGAUGAAGUGAUUCCAGAUGCGCCAUGGGUUCUCACCACAGAGUUCAUCGAUAAGCAUAGGAUUGACUACGUAGCUCACGAUGCGCUUCCCUGUUUCUUUGGGUUUCUGCAGGUGAAGUCGAUAGGGAAGUUUAAAGAAACUAAACGAACAGAGGGGAUAUCGACAUCAGACAUAAUCAUGAGGAUAGUGAAAGAUUACAACCAGUAUGUGUUGCGUAAUCUUGACCGAGGCUAUUCAAGAGAAGAGCUCGGUGAGAAGAGGCUUAGAGUGAACAUGAGACUGAAGAAACUACAAGAGAAAGUGAAAGAACAGCAAGAAAAGAUACAAACCGUAGCAAAAACUGCUGGGAUGCACCAUAACGAGUGGGUUGAAAACGCUGAUCGUUGGGUUGCUGGAUUUCUUGAAAUGUUUGAGGAAGGUUGUCAUAAAAUGGGAACAGCCAUCAGAGAUGGGAUCCAGCACCGGAUAUUGAGGCAGGAAUCAGAAGAGAACCGUCGCAUGCUUCUUAAUGGACUGACAAAUGCGGAAGACGAAGAUAUUUCCAGUGAAGAUGAGUUUGCACAAGGAGAGGAAACAUUUCAUGAUGAUGAAGAUAGCUUAAAUGUGAGCAACAAAGAGAAUGAAACAGUAAAGAAAUGAGAGUUUUUGGCACCAAAGUGUUAACAAAUUCCACAGUUAGUGGCAUAUUAGGCUUUGUUUAUUCUGUUCAACUGUUUUCGCAAAUCUCUACUUGUUUAUAUAAGACUAAAACGCAGCAGAAAAUUUAAAGUAGUCACUGAUAUAUAAUUUAUCAUCAAAAGACUCGAAAUAAUUACAUUACAAAGAAAUAGAUAAACAAAUAAAUUCAAUCCAUUAAAAGCAAGAAAGAACAACAUGAAAUAAAUAAUUUUUCAGCAUUUGCAGAAGGUGAGAAGCUUGACAUCAGCGACUGAAUCUCUCUUCUUUCUAGAUUUCUUGAAGUGUUUCGAAGCUGCUUUUAGCAAACCAUCCCACCCCUUGGUGGGAAUAGCGAAGCAGCCAAUUUUAGUUGAAUCUUCAUUCUUCAUGUCUAAUUUCACUAACUUACUCUUCUUCUUCUUCUUCUUUUUCAUUGAGAUCUUCAUAUUCAUCUUCUUCUUGCGUUCUUGAAACUCUCCGAGCUCAAGGUUCCGACAAACGCAACUGUCGGAAUCAAAGUCUAGAUCUGAAGGAGUAGAGUAGUUUCGAGGCAAGAGAGGAGACCAGAGAGAGCUCUGUGUGUAGUCGAAUCCGAAAGCAGAGUUAUCUGGAAAUUUACCGAGAAGCUCUCGACACAUUACUGGCUGUAAGUAUUCAACUACUUUUGUUGUAAUAAGAGGAAAAUUCUCCUUCUCUUCUUCUUCUUCUUCCUGUAGAUUUAACCGUUUCGCCAUUUUUUUCUCCUCUUACCACUUUUUUUUUUAAUUGUUGUUUCAGAUCUUUUUCGCUUUU